AUGACUGAGGAACAAUGGGAAAAUUUCACAUGGAAAGAUUUUAAGACUGAGUUGUAUGAGAAGUAUAUACCAAGCUGCCAUAGACAGAAGAAACAGAACGAGUUCUGGAACUUGAAACAGAGGGCUGGAACAGUGACUGAGUAUGAUAGGGCCUUUAACCAGCUGUCAAGAUAUGUUCCACUCUUAGUGGAUACUGAUGAGAAGCGAGCAGAGAAAUUUAGGAACGGACUGCGCCACGAGAUAUCAAUCUCCCUAACAAGCCAGGGAGUUGCGGGGAAACUGGGCACUAUGCUUCAGUAUGUCCAAAGAAGAACGGAGGAGCACCUCAACAGCAAAACCCCGGGAAUCAGCAACGACAAAAUCAGGGUCCUGGAGGACAACGUGGACAGCCACAGAACGCUAGGGCCUAUGCCCUUAACCAAAACCAAGCAGCAGGAAACCAAGGAAAACUGGCAGCUGCAUUUAAUUGGCAAGGGCACAAUAACAAUAAUACUAGAUGAAGCCCUUUUUGGUCAUGAGCGUAUCUUACAUGUAAAUCUUGAAGAUGUUGAGCCUUUCUGCCGCUUGAAGCCAAUUUCAUAUACGUGCAUUGCUGUCUAUAUAUGGCUCUUGUUCGGUAAGGUGAAGAAGCUAGACAAGGCCAAUAAGUUUAGAUUUGUUGAUCCUUACAACAUAGGACAUGUACCAUCCACUAAGAAGGAUACAAAAUCGAUCAAUGAAAGAAUGGAACGAAGAGCACAAGAUUUAGCAAAUCGACUUGUUGGUACAUUGUCCAAUCAAUUUGUAUUGGUUCCAUGUAAUGUGGAUGAGCAUUGGAUUCUUACUGUGAUCGACCCUCACAAGGAGGAGAUUGGUAUAUUGGACCCAUUUUAUAGUGGUAUUCAUGAUAGUACUUGGAAAAAAGUUAUUGAAUGGGCGUUAAAGAUGUUCAAUGCCACGAUGCAGAGGAAAGGAAGAAAGACACUAAACUGGUCAAUACCUAAGGUUCCUAAACAACCUGACAACUCUCAGUGUGGUUUUUAUGUCAUGAGAUAUAUGAAAGAUAUUAUUGAGUCUGCUAAUUUUGAGAGGAUUAGCUCGCUGCAAUUAUUGUUCAAUAGCAAAAGUUAUUCUAGUGUGGAGAUUGAUGAAGUGCGGAGGGAGUGGGCUGAUUGUGUUUUGCAGGUAAUAUGAUCAAAGCUAACUUGGAUGCAAAGAGGAAAGAAGACCACAUUGAGUUUUUGAAAAAUUGAGGCUUCAAGAACAUUUGAUUUUGAGAGUUGAUAUUAGAUUUUGUCUUCCUAGAAACUUGAUAUUAGACUUUCUAUUGUUAUAUUGAUAGUUGAAACUUGGUGCGAGACAUUGGAGAUGAUUGUAACGUACAUUGGUGCUAAUUGAUUGUGUAAUUCGAUAUUUGUUGUUAUUAGUUAUAUAUAAUUUUAUUUAAAAAACUGUUUUUAUAGGGCCUACAAAA